AGCGGCAGUAAUCUGAGAGUCUGGCCGCGAGCCAAGGCGCGCUUGGCCACGUCGGAGCUCGCCGCGCGCCACCGCACCAUAUAUGGUCGCAAAAGUAACGUCAGAUGCGCCGCGCGGCGGCUCGAGCAGUCUGCUCAAAGGGGAAUAUGCAGACUGAUGCUUCUGCUGGCUCCUCUGUUUUCCCCCCCGUUCCAAGAAUACUCGAUGCCGAGAUUCGACGUAUUUCUCCAGCAACAAAGAAGAUUUUCAAAGAUGUCAGAAACGCAAGAUUUAAUCUACCCAAUAUACAAAGAAAAAAAAAAUCUGGAAAUUUUCCUUUGUGUGUCUGUGUGUUUACGCCAAAGCAGCUUCAGGUGAUUUUCAUCGGUUAGUGUGGCGGGAGGGGGGCGUUGUUUUAGAUUUAGUGGACGCAUAUAGCUUUAUGAUGUGUGCAAGUUAAGUUAAUUUUAAAGUAUUUUUUACUUUGGUUAUUAUAUAAAGAGCAGAUGUAAAAGCCUGAAAUGUAAUGAUGACUAAUCCAAAAUUUAAUUUCAUCAUCAAUAAAAUUUCAUGCGGUAUAUAAAUUUAACACAUGAAGAACGUACAGAUUUUCUUUCUUUGUUGUCAGCAAGUUACAGGGUUUUGGCUCAUGUCCCAGAACAGGGGCGGGUAAUGAACAAAGCAGGGAUUCUCUGGCGCUUUCUACAAAACACCCUUUGUUUGUCGGCGGCAGAACAUUACUGUGUGACGGUCACCAGACCGGGAGGCCGGGAUCGGUGCUUCGCAUAGCGACUCCAGCGUCCGAGGAGUCCUUCUGUGCAUUUUUAUCUCAAAAGAAGACGCAUUUUCCUUCCUUUCCUGACUACUACUUAACAUUCACAACCGCGGACGAGCCGCAAAAUUUCAACGAACUUCCAGCCCCCUAAGUAGCCUUUUAGGACCGUGUCUACCACAUAAUUUGCGACGAUGGGUCACAAGGUCAGCACUGUGUAUUGUCUGAAUUCUGUGGGAUUUAAAAUAUGCCGUAAACAGUUUUUUUGUACUCCAGCACGAAAUCGUCGGAAUUCUGCUUAUUUAAUAUUUGCAACAUUACAAUGAAUUUAAAUGUACAUUUUAUGAUUGUCGAAUCAAACGAAUGGCUGUUGAGAGAAAAAGCACCUUUACUGCGUGUUUAAAUAGGUAAUAGAAUACAGUCUGGAUGAGAAUAAAAUUAUACAAUAGCUCAAGGGCCAUCAUGCAGAAUAGGCUACAAUUCAUAUGGUUGUUUUUGUCAUCCGUCCAUUUUGUCUUCCCAAAGGUAACCACGCUUUGGCGUGAAUCAAUCGCUUAAAGGUACAAUACAAUUUAUUUUCAGAGACAAAAGGUAUGUAUAAGGCCUCCAAAACGACACUAUUAAUGCUUCUCUUAAUCAUAAAUGUUGUCCACCCAUUUAUAUGCAGCCUACGUAAAAUUUCAAUACAUGCUUAUUUUUUUUAUUCUGAAUUAUAUAUUAAAUAUUUCCAACCCGUAUUUUUAGACUACAACUCAAUCAGGAUCUUAGGACAUAAGAUCAGAAGCCAGUAACAUUGCUUUAACAAUCAUUAAGUCGACGUAAUAUUUGAAUAUCUAGCUAGUAUCAAACAAUGGUAUAACCUGGUCUUCCCAACCAGCACUAUUGUUACUUAAAUGGAAACUUUGCUGCAAUCGAAAUAAAGUACAAUUGAUAUACAAUAAGCAUUUACAGUUUUUCAUAACGCAAUAAUUUCCCUGCUACAGGAAAUGCUGUUGGUUGUUUUUUUAUGCAUUUCUGACGUUUCAUUUAUAUGUUGACUCUAAGAUUAGUAAAUGAACCUUCUAGACCGUCCCGCACAUUGCCACGUAGCCAAGUACAUUGUGAAGAGCAUUAGCAAGUAAACGAUGUAAAAUGUCCACAUAUUUUAUGUUCUAAACGUGAUCCACAUGCGACUGUGUUAGGAACUGGUUUUUCGUGUAUAUUACAGUCAUACGUUGUCACGCAAAUACCUCGGGACACCGGUUGAACCAGUGGUGGUGAGUGGUCGGUUUCACUGGUUACCGUGGGAGUGACUUUACCCGGAGGUUUGAUCUUAAGCAGGUUACGGGUAAACACACAGGAAAGAAAACAGCACUAUUGCGUAAUAAGGUAUUAGGCUCGUCGCAGUAAAACAUAUCGGCUUGGUCAUGUGGUCCAGUGAUCAUCUGUAAUUGAAUCAUGAACGAAACUGAACAUCAACUAUGUAACGGACCUGAGGGCACAAGUCAUGAUCGCAGAAAUAGUCUUGAAAAAGAAAGGAAACCAAAAUCUCAAGCUUCAGGGGGAUUUAAACCUGGGCGUCUGAUCGAGUUCUGCUUUCAUGGUUUUCCCACGAAAGUUAGCAAACGCGAUUCUGUUCCUGUACAAGAUUAACCAAGUGUUUGUGAACAUUGCCGGGAUCGGAAUCAUAAAUGGCUUUAAUAUUUAAAGCUUUAAAAUUGGAAGUAGCCGCUCCAUUAAUUGUAAACAGCUCGCUGGUGGGUUUCAAAAUGGCGACCUAACUUGUAAUGGUGUGAUCGGCCUGCUUGCUCUGGUAGCGCGUUUCUGAAAUGCAUUUAUAACAACUUCUGAUCUGUCAGUACAGACUAGGGAAAAGUUUAUGUUUAAUUUACUACACUACAUAGAGUGAAUGCUAUAUUCACUCUAGUAGUCCGAACCUGCUCAUCUUCAUGUUUAUAAUAGACACAUGUGAAAACUUAGUGUCCACAACGUUUUUGUCUUUUGGUAUUUUAAUACUUAUUUUAAUAUCGGUGUUUUCGCACUCCUGUCCUUUUAUAUUUAUGUGUUUUAACCGAACGCAUUACGUUAGUUUAAUGGUUCAGUCUUUUCCUUUGUACCGUGAGCAUUUUUGUUCAUUUUGGAGCGAUAAUAAAGUUUGUAUUUUGACUGACUCCACGUGAUCUUGAUGAUGUCAUUCCUCUAGGUGGCAUUGAAGCGCCAAUGGUCUUUAUAAUAUGCUUGUUCUGUUUCUGUCUCCCUGUGAAGAGAGUGGUCAUAUUUUGCCCCCAGGAAAAGAAACAUGGGGGGCCUUUAUAGAUUCAUCUUUUGUAUAUCGUGAUGCUCUUGCACCAGGCAUUUUUAUUAUUGUAAUAGUUCUUGGAAAAUGAAAAUAAUGUCCUUCAUUCCGUAUAAACAUUAUUUGCUAGAUACCAAUAUACACUAUAUUGAUGUCCAUCUUUGAGUCCUGAUGAAACAAUGUCUUCCCCUAUUAAGUGUACAAUGCUAAGCAGUGGUGUUUGUCUCGAAGCGUGGCAUGCAGAUAUGGAGGGGAAGUGAGAGGUGGGCUGUGGGAGACCCACUCCUGCUUUUUGUCAACAUUCUGGUCAAUGUGCUGGGGUUGACAGAGAGGGAAGUUUUGAGGUGGGAGGGGGGGGGGGUGGCAUCUUCUGGAGCAGAGGCAGUACUUGCUUUCCACCAGAUAGUGAGACAGACCUGCUGAAUAAGAUGUGCAGGGCAAGUAGGGCGUGCAACCGGGUUCAUGUAAGCGUGAGACCGCGGAAGGCCUCACCGCACGAGGGCUUCCGGACAGGCUUAGAGGAAGUAGCGUUCCACAUUGUGAGAAACUGAAGCUCAGGGGAGGGACGGCUGUCAGGAUUCUGCUCCCUCUACCUGGCAGCAGCAGAACACCGUGUUCUCCUGUCCAGAGGACCCUCUUGCGCGUAUCGCCAGAGUCCCCUCUUCCAUGACGGAGCCUCCAGCUGCCGGACGCCUAGCUUUCCGGCGGGUGAAGUGAUCACACCUGGACCUCUGCCCAGUGUACCACCUGCUUCAGCUGCCGAACGCCAUCAUGGCAGAGAAUGGCUCUGCAGUCUGUGGCAAGGGGGGGGUCCACGUGGAGGAGCUGAAGAUUGUGAUCGUAGGGGAUGGGGCCUGUGGGAAGACCUCCCUCCUCAUGGUCUACGCCAAAGGGGACUUUCCAGAGAAAUACGCUCCAUCCGUGUUUGAGAAAUACGCCACGACCAUGACAUAUGGAGGGAAGGAGAUCCUGCUGCACCUCUAUGACACUGCAGGACAAGAUGACUAUGAUCGCCUGAGGCCCCUGUCCUACCAGAACGCGAGUGUGGUGCUCAUCUGCUAUGACGUCACCAACCCCACCAGUUUUGACAAUGUAUUGAGCAAGUGGUACCCAGAAGUAAACCACUUCUGCAAAGGUGUGCCCUUCAUCCUGAUUGGCUGCAAGACUGACCUGAGGAAGGACAAGGAGAAAACCAGGAAGCUCAAAGCCUUAGAUCAGGCUCCUGUCACUUAUCUUCAGGGUCAGGAGGUGCGGGAGCAGAUCAACGCUGAACUGUAUUUCGAGUGCUCUGCCAAGUACCGGGAGAACGUGGAGGACAUUUUCCUGGAGGCUACGAAGCUGGCUCUGGCAGCCAAGCGAAAGGCAAAGCAGAGAUGCAAGAAGAAGAGGUGUUCUAUCCUGUGACUGCGGGGAAGGCACAGGAACCCUCCGCUGCUUUGCGUGUCCUUCUCUUGGUUCCGGAUGAGUGACAUGUGCUCGAGACUAGGGGCAAUAGACUGGAAGUCUGGAGCUAGACAGAAAUGUUUUACACUGUCAGAAAACAGAGGGUAGCAUUUUGUACCUUUGCUUGUCUUGGGGCUUGAUUGGGGCUGUACCCUGUAGAUAAUUGUAACUUUUACAUGGAUUAUAAGGAACUUUUUUUUUGCACCAGUGAGGCUACACCAGUGUUGGUUGUGGGUUGGGGGAUAUUACCCAGACUCCAGUUUUGAACCUUAAAUUAGGCUAAAAUUCACCUACAGCUAUGGCACAAUUAGCAGAACCUUGAGGGUGCAGCCCCAGUGACAAGCAAAGGUUCAAAUUGGUACUCUCUUCUUUCUGACAGUGUACUAGGUGGUACUACAUGGAUUCCCUUCCUUCCGCUGAAUGUCAGGUGAAAAUUAAGAUAUUUGUUUUUAAACUAGGCUGCCAAACAGUUUGUAAUUGUAUGAAUUGUUGUAAAAAAAAAAUAUUUGUACAAAAGAAAGCUACUCGACUUUUUUAUUAAAUAAGUUUAAUUUUUUACAACA